CAGUGUACACAGUCUGAGUGUCCUGUAGGAAAAGUACAGAAAGUUCUGCCACAUCUAGAGAUGCCACGAUCUCGAGACCCCUUUCCGUACCCAAAAUAUGAAAACGACGACACCUUUAUCGGUAAACCGAAGAACUGUCAGAAGGUGCCCUACUCGAAACCCACUCACCUGGCACAGAACGAAGACCCCUGGAAUCGUCUGAACGCCAGAGCUACACUGUCCAGCGCCAGAAGAGAGGUCCUGUAUUUCGAUCCAGAGGUCCCGCAGGACAGGCUGGACUUCCAGCUGAAAUCCUUGUACGACCACCACGAGGAGUUCCUGAAGGACAAGAACGAGACCCUGUACCAGAGAGAGACAUUCACUGAAGACCACGGAGAGCCAUCACAAUGCAUCCACAAACCGAGGCUACUCCAGGAAACAGGAUGGAGGAUUCUACUCUACCUAAUGCUUCUGAACAGUUCUUUACCUUGCAAUAAACCCUCUUCACGUGCUUCUGCAGAUGAGCAACUUCUCACUGUUAACGCUCUCUGAACAUGGCAGACCACACAGACGCAGGUCUUUCACAAGCCGCACUCUCUACCAGCAGAGUGCAUAGUCCUGGUGGGG